CUCCAUGCAAAAUUGGAAAGCCCUAAGACGAACACCAACCAUACGCCAUCGUGCGACGUGAAAAUUGGAGAAUCUGAUUGGCUGAAGGAUUAUUGAAAUUGAAAGUUAUUGUGAUCGAGUUUUGUUUUUUCCUGAUGGUGGAAGAAGCACAAUUGGAUCCUAAAUCGAAAUCGAUUCCGAAUGAGAAUUUGAAAUUUGGAGAAAGGGCUUUGUCUGCCGGAGGCGCCGCUUUUAUAUCGGCGGUCAUAGUCAAUCCUCUCGAUGUUGUUAAGCAGACGAGAUUACAAGCACAGGCUGCAGGAGUUCCGUAUCAAGGCUCGUGUCGUCUUGGUUGUUUCGACACGAAUUCCACGUUGGUACAUGAUUUGAGAAGUAAUUCUGCUCCAGGGAUGUGUAGAAUUACUGGCUCUGCAUCUGUAUGCUCAGAUAAUCAGUACAAGGGAACUCUUGAUGUUUUCUACAAAAUUAUCCGCCAGGAACAACUUUAUGCAGGAAGGGUUUUCUAGGCUUUGGAGAGGUACAAACGCAAGUUUAACUUUAGCCAUUCCGACUGUUGGGAUCUACAUGCCUUGUUAUGAUUAUUUUCGCAACAUAAUGGAGGAGUUCACGACUGAGAAGUCUCCAUCUUUGACGGUUUAUGUCCCUCUAGUUGCUGGGACAAUAGCACGCUCCUUGGCUUGUAUCUCUUGUUACCCUGUUGAGUUAGCAAGGACACGGAUGCAGGCAUUUAAGGGAACGCAAAGAAAUGUGAAACUGCCUGGCGUUUGGAAGACAUUAGUUGACGUCGUCAAUCCAGUGAAGGGCUCAAAUAAUGGAUAUAGGAUGUUAUGGACUGGUCUUGGUGCUCAACUUGCUAGGGAUGUUCCAUUCUCUGCAAUCUGCUGGUCGAUACUUGAGCCUACCCGGAGAAGCAUUCAGUCGGCCAUGGGUGAAGAACCAAGGGCAGGCAGUAUAAUAGGUGCAAACUUCGCUGCUGGUUUUGUUGCGGGUGCAGUUGCUGCAGCAGCUACUUGCCCUCUAGAUGUUGCAAAGACUAGGCGUCAAAUAGAGAAGAACACAGAUAGAGCCAUGACAAUGACCACAAGACAAACCUUGGCAGAGAUUUGGAGGGACGGAGGGAUGAGAGGGAUGUUUAGUGGAGCAGGGGCUAGAGUGGGACGAGCAGGACCAUCUGUAGCCAUUGUGGUAUCGUUUUACGAAGUGGUCAAGUACGGACUGCACAACUUCCACCAACAGUAACACUUAUACUAGACAGAUUUUGUUUUGAUGCGAAGCUAAAAAGAACACACUUGCGCGUCUAAUCCAAUAAAGGUUACCGUAUUAGGUGCUUACGGCAAAACUUGAUUUUUUUUUGUCAAGAAGGAAUAUUAUUUAUGCAAGUUGUUGCAUUUGUUUUUCGUUUUAAUAUUUUUUGUAAGAACAAGUAAAUUAACACGAGAUUCUUAUGGCAAGAAAUUAACUCCAUGCAUGCUGAUCAAGGGUGUGAUUUAUAAAUGACAUGUGAAAUGGCAUAUAUACAAUUCCGUGAUUUAUAAACUUUUUCAUGAGAAAUUGUAAUCUGAAGAUAAGACUUUGAGAAUCGAAUUCAAAAGAGUUGAGCAAAUUUUCUGGCUUUCAUAUCCUGCUUCUGAACUGGUCAGAGAUUUCUUUUGUGAGGCCAAUAAAGUUGGUAAUUGUCAAAUAUCUGGUAAUUUAAGCUAAAUGAUGACA